GGGGCACGCCAAGAACUACUUUAACCCUGCCACGUAAGUUUGCGUCCAUUCGAAAAUGCAAGCUAUUUUACGAGAUUAAUGAGAUGCAUUGACUAUUAUAAUUGAAUGCACUGAUGGUAAUAGGAAAUCAACCCGUAAAAAUGUCGUUCCCCUCUGUGCUUCAGACUCAACAGGUCCAUGAUCCUUGUUAUUCAGACAUGGCUUAUGAUCUCUGCGUUUCAGACUCAACAGUUCCAUGAUCCUUGUUAUUCAGACAUGGCUUAUGAUCUCUGUGUUUCAGACUCAACAGGUCCAUGAUCCUUGUUAUUCAGACAUGGCUUAUGAUCUCUGUGUUUCAGACUCAACAGUUCCAUGAUCCUUGUUAUUCAGACAUGGCUUAUGAUCUCUGUGUUUCAGACUCAACAGUUCCAUGAUCCUUGUUAUUCAGACAUGGCUUAUGAUCUCUGUGUUUCAGACUCAACAGGUCCAUGAUCCUUGUUAUUCAGACAUGGCUUAUGAUCUCUGUGUUUCAGACUCAACAGGUCCAUGAUCCUUGUUAUUCAGACAUGGCAAGUCUGAUUAUUUCCGUUUUUCGGACAUGCCAAGUCUUUGACCUAUGUGUUUCAGACACAUAAAACACUUAUGAUCUCUGUGUUUCAGACACAUGAAACGCCUCUGAUCUCUGUGUUUCAGAACAAUGAAACGCCUCUGAUCACUGUGUUUCAGACACAUGAAACGCCUCUGAUCUCUGUGUUUCAGACACAUGAAACGCCUCUGAUCUCUGUGUUUCAGACACAUGAAACGCCUCAUAUCUCUGUGUUUCAGACACAUGAAACGCCUCUGAUCUAUGUGUUUCUGACACAUAAAACGCCUCUGAUCUCUGUGUUUCAGACGUACCGUGUACUCCCGAUACCAGCCCAACGACUGGUUCCUGUCCAACAGUGUCAACUACUCCAUGUCCGACAAGGAGAGGAGCUUCGCCGAGCGACUCCGGGCUGACGCAUGGAGGGCCGUCAAGGAAACGGACGCGCGCACCCGUAACAGACAAAAUGACGUCACCAAGCGUCUAGGUACGGUCUUACGUCAUGUGUAUAUUUCUUACUUUCAUUGUUAUUUUUUAAAAUUAUUAGUAUUAUUAAUAUUUUUUUUUGUUUGAAGACUUAUGUGAAAAGCUCUCCAUAUAAAAUGUAAAUAGAGCCAAGUAAACUUGCAGAGAGUGCUCUUUGUGUCUUUACUGUAAGCUAGACCUACAAGUGGUGUCCGUACUUACCCUACCCUAAAAUCGAACAUGCCUCAUUCCUAUUGUCACACUGCCAUGUGUCCACCUACCUGUCUGUCUCACCAAUGUGUCUCGUGUUUAAAGGUGAGAGGGUGCAAGAUAUCUCCUUCUGGAAGUCGGAGCUAAAUAAUGAGAUUAAUGCCAUGGCCACAGAGCUUGAAAACUUGAAGGUAUUCGUCUGGGAUCCUAAUUUGAACUUUCAGUGUCAGAUUUUUUUUUUAAAAUCUCGGCCUAUAGAAACCUUUGAUAUAAAAUGCUCAACGUGAACAUUAAUAAAUAUAAUAGAGUAUCAAUUGUUUAUAAAAAUUAAUUCAAAUGUUUGAAGCUGUCAGAAAUGUUGAAGCUCCUCUCUCGUGAGACAUGCAAGGCAUGGAAAAGUUGAAAUUUAAUAUCUCAAAAUUAAGAGAAACAAAGAUUAUUGGGCAAUCACAAAUAUCUUACCUACCGCAAUAAGUCUAUCUAAAAUUAAUGCUGUGCUUUUUUAUAAUAAAAAAAAAAGCUAAAAAUACUUUGAGCAUUCCAUACCAAAAGUUUAAAGCUUACGAAUAACAUUGUGGAUUGACUAACCUCACAGAGUGACGUGAUAGAUAGCAUCACCAAAAAAUAAAAAAAAUAUGAUAGACAGUCAGUGUGUCUUUAUUUAUUUUUAUUUUUUUAAAUUUUCUAUAUCUUUCUUGAAAUCAUUUGUGUAUGUGAUCCUAUUUUCAAAUUUGCUUCAUAGGGCUGCCCUUGACAUUUAAGGAAAAUUUUAAUAAAGCUGUGAUUUUUUUUUUUUUAAACAAACUUUAAGAAAAUGUUAUGAGUACUUUCUUGCAUCGCGCAAGAUUCUUUGCUCUCAAUAACAUUGACCCUAUGCUUGUCUCCGGGAUAAACUGUACACACUCUCUACAGGCCCUGCGCAUGCGCGCCGUUGAACCCGGUUGGCUAUCCGCCGGUAUAGUCCGCUAGUCCACUAUAGCACUUUCAAAAACUCCUUAUUGUUUAUUUUUACUAGCACCAACUAAGGUGGAGCUUAUCUAGUUGUUUUCAUUUGUAUUUUUUUAUUUUGGCUGCGUUCUGACACUUUUAUUCUACAAUUACAGCUUGUCAUGUUUCAUACAGAAAGUAGGAUUCGCUCCAAUUUUAUAUGGUAUACAUUCUAGUAUAUGAAUAUUUUUUUUGCGUGUAUAUUUGUGUGGUGUAAGCCCUACUCUGAAGGGUUUUGGGGAAUUACAUUCAACGCCUCCGUCCCUGGUUUGUUUAAGACUUCAGAGCUACAAUUCUGUACACAUCCCAUGAGAAAGGUGGCAUUGAGUGCCGUAUCAACAGCACAUGUAACAACAAUGCUACCGUGUGUUAAGUCUAGUCCACAUCUUUUCAUUAAACAUCAAAUUUUUACUUAAAAAGGUUCUUUUAUUUUUUUUUUUUUAUUCUUAUCUGCACAAGAACGAUAUAGAAAAAAAUAUUAAAAAAACCAUUUGAAACUCGUAAAAAUACUCCAGUUGCUUCUAAGUUUGAAACAUUCAAUUAAACUAAUGAAAUAAAUACUGAAUAUAUAUACAUUCUAUAAAUGAGUGGGCUACAAAAAUAUUAUAUGAAGUUCUAAAUUUGUCCAUCUGAACUGUCACUGCUGUCACAUAUAGUCGCUUUACAUCUUAAACAUGAAUGGCAUUUAAAAUUUAGCUUAGUCGGAAAAGCCAAUUAAAGAGUUAUACCACCCUUUAAACUACUAGAAUUAUCGAUUCUUCAAUUUGCACCCCACCAAUAUAUCUAAAGUUUAGCACCUCAUCCACCCCAACCAAUAUAUCUAAAGUUUAGCACCUCAUCCAACCCCAUCAAUAUAUCUAAAGUUUAGCACCUCAUCCACCCCACCAAUAUAUCUAAAGUUUAGCACCUCAUCCACCCCCAUCAAUAUAUCUAAAGUUUAGCACCUCAUCCACCCCCAUCAAUAUAUCUAAAGUUUAGAACCUCAUCCACCCCCAUCAAUAUAUCUAAAGUUUAGCACCUCAUCCACCCCCAUCAAUAUAUCUAAAGUUUAGCACCUCAUCCACCCCAUCAAUAUAUCUAAAGUUUAGCACCUCAUCCAACCCCAUCAAUAUAUCUAAAGUUUAGCACCUCAUCCAACCCCAUCAAUAUAUCUAAAGUUUAGCACCUCAUCCAACCCCAUCAAUAUAUCUAAAGUUUAGCACCUCAUCCAACCCCAUCAAUAUAUCUAAAGUUUAGCACCUCAUCCACCCCCAUCAAUAUAUCUAAAGUUUAGAACCUCAUCCAACCCCAUCAAUAUAUCUAAAGUUUAGCACCUCAUCCAACCCCAUCAAUAUAUCUAAAGUUUAGCACCUCAUCCACCCCCAUCAAUAUAUCUAAAGUUUAGCACCUCAUCCACCCCACCAAUAUAUCUAAAGUUUAGCACCUCAUCCAACCCCAUCAAUAUAUCUAAAGUUUAGCACCUCAUCCAACCCCAUCAAUAUAUCUAAAGUUUAGCACCUCAUCCACCCCCAUCAAUAUAUCUAAAGUUUAGCACCUCAUCCAACCCCAUCAAUAUAUCUAAAGUUUAGCACCUCAUCCACCCCCAUCAAUAUAUCUAAAGUUUAGCACCUCAUCCACCCCACCAAUAUAUCUAAAGUUUAGCACCUCAUCCAACCCCAUCAAUAUAUCUAAAGUUUAGCACCUCAUCCACCCCCAUCAAUAUAUCUAAAGUUUAGCACCUCAUCCAACCCCAUCAAUAUAUCUAAAGUUUAGCACCUCAUCAACCCCAUCAAUAUAUCUAAAGUUUAGCACCUCAUCCACCCCCAUCAAUAUAUCUAAAGUUUAGCACCUCAUCCACCCCACCAAUAUAUCUAAAGUUUAGCACCUCAUCCACCCCCAUCAAUAUAUCUAAAGUUUAGCACCUCAUCCACCCCACCAAUAUAUCUAAAGUUUAGCACCUCAUCCCCCCCCAUCAGUAUAUCUAAAGUUUAGCACCUCAUCCACCCCCAUCAAUAUAUCUAAAGUUUAGCACCUCAUCCACCCCAUCAAUAUAUCUAAAGUUUAGCACCUCAUCCACCCCCAUCAAUAUAUCUAAAGUUUAGCACCUCAUCCACCUCAUCAUUAUCUAAAGUUUAGCAUAUCGUCGUCCACACCACCAAGAUCUCUUAAGUUUGGCACUUCAUCCUCCACCCCCACCAAUAUCUUGGCACCCCCAAUCUGCACCCCAAGCAAUAUGUCUACAUCCUCGGCUCCCCAGGUGAGCGCGUGUAUGACAUCAGCUUCUGGAAGAGUGAGCUCAACAAUGAGAUAAACGCCAUGGCG